ACGUUUUCAGCUAUUUUGACGUUUCUGGAGAUAAACUUCGCACAAUUAACACGUAAUGUUUACCGUGAUUUUUUUAUACUUUAAAAACAAUUUAGUAUUUUAUUAAUUUAUUUUUUCAUGUCUCUAAUGAGAUAAAUGUGAAAGCAAUAUGGAAAUCGUGUUGAACGUAUUUUUAAUUUGUUACUUUCUUCUGUACACUGAGUCGGCUAUGAGCUCUGAAUUCGCACCUGGUGGUUGUACUUACCGAAGCAAUUAUGACUAUUUGAAUAGGGAAUACUUCAAUUUGAAAGAUGUCCAAGCGAUUGAUGAAGAAAAUACCCAUUAUCUCGCCAAUAUGGUUCUCUAUGCGAUUGGCGAAGAAGUAUUUGUAACAUUCAGUCCAACGCCAAAACUAUGGCAGGGAGCUCCAGUCUACGAAAUUGGACUUGGAUUGGGUGAAAAUCGAAACCUAAAUUUCUAUUCAUUUUUCGAUAGUAAUGAUGGUAAAAUUGAGCAUUCCAAAUCGAAGGGUACGAUUUUGACGCCGGGUCAGCCGAAUAAAAUUCAUGUCACAAUCACUACAAUGGGAGACGUUCAUGUAUUUAUAAACGAUUUCUACGAAUAUUCAACGACAAUAUUUGACGGCAUUGAUAGGGAUAUAAAAUACGUAUCAAUGACGGGAUGGAAACACCGAGUUGAUUUUUAUUUUAAUUGUACCAAGCCUGAAUGGUAAUCAUUCUUCGAACAGUAUUCCUAACCACAUAGGGAGAACAUUUUGUAAAUAAUUUGAUUAAAAUUAAAAAUCAAAGCACAAAUCCUUUAAAUUAUA